AUGCAAUUUCACUACCAGAGACACCAGUCGUUACCGUCUCCUCCCCAGCAACACCAGACAGCGUUUGCACAUCCGCCAGCCCCCGGAUACAAAUACUCCUCCGCCCGGAAUGCCCACAACCUCGGUACCCUGCCUCUCUCUCCGCCUGCCUCCGACGAGGAGGGUCUGAUGUCGCCUCCUAGCAGACGCGAGCUCGACAAUAAGCGCGAAUACGACGAUAAAGUUGUCGACUAUAGCAAGGACGGCAUGUGGCUCCCCACCAGCUACAAUAACGUCAAGCCCGGCAUGGCCGGCAUUGGACCGCACUCACCACCGAUCCAGUUCAUCGAAGACAUCCUCCAACAGGAGGACGACGAGCAGAUGCACGAACAACACCUUCAACAACACCGUCUGUUCGCAUCGGGGUACGAGGAACACGCCCUCGGAAUCGUCUCGAGCAAUGGCAACAGCAAUCCCCUGAAACGGCAACGUGGUGAUGACUUCAUGCUACCCUCACCGUACUCCAGCUCGGCGGAGCCAUCCUCACCACAGUCUUCAUCGCGGCACAAGAAGAAGCGACAACUCACGGAAGCCAGCGAAGCAACUUGGACAUGUGAGAAGUGCGGCAAGCACUUCUCGCGGAUCUGGAACUACAAUGCCCACUUGGAGACGCACAACCCCGACCGACCGAGGCCCCAUACGUGUCCGUACCAGGACUGCGGGAAGGCUUUCGUCAGGAAGACGGAUCUCACCAGACAUACCCAGUGCGUCCACGCCAAGGACAAGAAGUUCCAGUGUGAUCUCUGCGGAAAUACUUUUGCGCGCAAGGACACCCUUCGCAGGCACGAAGACGACGGCUGUCCUCAGCGAGUAGACAUCAUCUCUCGCCACUCACGAAAUAAUCCGCUGAACGUACACUCGCAAGCUCUGAGCUGCUUCCUCGGUCGCCGCGAAUCGGAACAGCAGAUGUUUCUCGGUAGUCAGCAGCAGCCGCAGCAAAAUCAACAGCAGCAGCAGUACGAUUGUCACCAGCAACAACCCAGAAACGUAUCGUACGAUACGGCCAGCUUCAACUCGUGUCUCCCACCUCUGUCCGGCAUGGUUUCGAUCCAAAAGACGGCUUCCUGGGGCGUAUAG